UGUGUUGUGAUUCUCUCGAUGUUAAAAUAGUUGUAUUUAAUUUAACAGAAAUGACGCUCAGUUCGCGCUCCAGAAAAUAUUUACACAACAUGAUUGACAGCUUACACGAACAACAUCUGGAGCUGCAAUCUCUUUUAGCGGAUUUUGUCUCAAAGACAACAGCUAGUGCUAGAGAAUGGGUGGAAUCUUCGGACCAAAGACGCAUGACAUUUGAUGAUGUUGUGGGCAUGUUGUCUUUUACAAGUGGGAAGUUACUUGCAAAUAUGGACUUUAUAACAGGUGCCAGUUCUCAUAAUGAUAAAAAACCACAAAGGGAAGAACAUGAAAAUACAAGUUCUUGUUUACAAAUGGUUGAAAAUGCUGAUCUAAAAGAUUCAACUAACAAUGAUAAAAAGUACCAAGACAUAUUGUCAAGACUAGAAAUUGUCGAAGCUUCUGGUGUUUCCUUCAGCAAGAUGGAAAAAGACAUUGAAGGGUUAAAAAUUGAGUUAAAACAAUCAACAGACAGACUUGGAACCAAUCAAAAUGAGAUGGAAAAUAAAAUAAAAAAUCUAUUCAACAAACACAACUCCAAAAAUAAAACCCAAAAUAAGCAGUUUAGAGAAAUUGAUACAAAAGUAGGGCAACUGAAAACUGAAAUAAUGGGUUUAAAGCAAGCAGAUUCUGAAUCUGAAAUACUAAUUAAGGAUAUGGCUCAUUCAAUUGCUGUUAUUGCUAAGGAUUUUAAAGUAUUAGAUUCAACUUUGGAUUCAUUCGUAAAAGAAAUAAAUAAUAAAACAGAAGCAAUAGAUAAAAUGCUUUUAAAGUCAGCUAAGCAGCAGGAUGAGUUCAACACAAAGCAUGGUGUUGUUUGCAAAAUUCUUCUGCAAAGAUUAGCUCCCAUCGACCACGCAAUGAACGUUUUAAAUACGACUAGCAUGUGGAAGAGAAAUCAGACAUUACAGGUCUCACAGAUGAGAUCAGAACUCUCCGCACUGAAAGCACAGUUACGGAACUUGGAUCGUAUUCCUUCAUCGCAACCAAACUUUAUCGGGUUCUCAGCAACAUUGAACAUGCGGGAUGCUGUUAUUGGAGGUUCUCUAAUAAAAGGAUUUUCCGAAAUAAUUUUGAACAUAGGACACCACUUUAACCCAACCACUGGCGUGUUUGUUGCUCCGAAAUCUGGCGUGUACGUCGCUUCUUUCCAUGGUUCACAAAUUAACGACGGCUUUUUGUUCAUGCACAUGGUACAUUUGGACAGAUCUAGAGAAAAAGUAGUGAGUUUGAUGCGGACCAAUGGUGAAUAUACUUCAACUGGAUGCAGCGUCAUUGUGAUAAUGAACCAGAAUGAUAAACUGUUUGUGCGGUUAAUCACGGCAGAAGGUGAAGCACGACUCUCAGCAUUUGCUAAUUUUUCAUGCUUUGUCACCAACACUUGCGAUUAAAGUAGUAAUUUUUGGCAGGACAGUCAGCUUUAAA